AUGAGCUCAAGAAGUUUAGAUGAAAGGCUUCAGAAGCUACAACAAUUAAAGAAACGCAAAAAUGAAGCUGAGAAAAAGAAUAGAGAAGAGCUUUUCAAAGAGCACAAGAAACAAUCUAUUGGAGAAGGUAAACUGAGAGCUAUGGAACUAAAACAGGAAAAAGCUAUGGAAGAGUUAGAAGAAUUGGAAAGUAAAGAAAAGGGUGAAGAUUGGGAUAGGAAGAAAGGUUGGGACUAUAGCAUUGAAGAUAAUGAAAAAUGGGAUAAAAAACAAGAACUCAAAAAUCAAAACCAAAAAAAUGGUGGAUUUAUCAAUUAUGCUCAAUUAGCAGAGCAAUCGUAUAAGAAGGAAAUCAAUAAUUUGGAUGUAAAUAAAGAAGAAUAUAUCAACCAAAAGAAAAAGCUUCAACAAAAGAGGAUACGAUCUGGUGAAGAAGGUGAAAAUGAGGAAGAUGUUGAAAGUGAAGAAAUUGACUACAACAACAAACCAUCAAAAGCUGCCAUAGAAAGACUUGUUAGCCAGUUGAAGGGAUCUGACUCACGGAAACUAAGGAGAAGAAAAGAUUAUAAAGAUACUGAUACAUACAUUAACGACAAGAAUAUGCAAUUCAAUGAGAAAUUAAAUCGUCACUACGAUAAAUAUAAAAAAUAA